AUGAACAGCGCGAGCAAGGCCAUGCUGCUGCAGCCAGUCUCCCGUUCAGGCAGCAGUAGCCACCGCAGCCGUGUCAAUGCGGUGCUGUCAAUCCUGCUCGUCUUCUCCAUAGGAUAUGCCCUGGGCUUGAUCUCCAACUCCACCUUCCAGAACUCGUACAUCCCUCCGUUCUUCUUGGCGCCAUUGCUGCAUCCCUCCUCCAUGCCGUCGUCGGCGCCAGAGAAAUCACCACCGCCGUGCAAGGGUUUGCCGACGGCGACGGAUCUAUUCCUCUCGCCGAGCAGCGGCGGCGGAGGCAGUGCCAUGCACAACAUGACCGACGAAGAGCUGCUCUGGAGGGCGUCCAUGGCGCCGCCCAAGGCCACCCACGGGCGCACGCCGAAGCGCCGGGUGCCGAAAGUGGCAUUCCUGUUCCUGGCCAAGGGGGAGCUGCCGCUGCGGCCACUGUGGGAUAAGUUCUUCUCCGGGCACGACGGGCUCUACUCCAUCUACGUCCACGCCAACCCCGGCCACACUGCCAUCUCGCCGCCACCGGCAGACUCCGUCUUCCACGGCCGCACGAUCCCAAGCAAGAACACGAGCUGGGGACACCCCAGCCUAGCGGACGCAGAACGGCGUCUUCUAGCGAACGCGCUGCUGGACAUCUCCAACGAGCGGUUCGCGCUACUGUCCGAAUCCUGCAUCCCGAUCUUCGACUUCCCCAGAAUCCACGCCCACCUCCUCUCCUUCUCCCCCAGCUCCGGCGCCGGCAAUGGAGGCAUGAGCUUCGUGGACAGCAUCGACGACGGCAUCAGCCGCGCGCGGUACAACCCAGCGCACGCCGCCCACGGCGUGCCGAUCACGGUCUGGCGCAGGGGCAGCCAGUGGUUCGAGAUGGAGCGAUCCAUGGCGCUGGAGGUGGUCUCUGACGAGUUCCUGUACCCCGUCGUCCGGGAACAGUGCUACGACCCCAAGUACGGCGGCGUCCCGGACGAGCACUACGUGCCGUCGCUGGUGAGCUUGCUGGAGCUGAGCGCGCGCAUCGCGAACCGCUCGCUGACGUACCUCGAGUGGCAUGCCGGGACGGCGCACCCGUGGACGCAUGGCCCGGAGAAGGUCACGGAGGAGAUUUUCCGGAAGAUGAGGGCUGGCGGCGAAGGGGGGAAUUGCAGCUUUAGUGGUGGUGAUCAUGGCGGGUUGAGCGGCAUCUGCUUCCUGUUUGCGCGCAAGUUUGAGGGGAGUGCGUUGGGGAAGCUGCUCGAGCUGGCUCCCAAGGCUAUGGGCUUUGGGUCAGUGAUCUGAGAAAACGGUCGUUUUGAGUGGGGCUGGAUAAGGAUAAAGUUCGUAUAACUUGUUAAGAUAAGAAACAAAAUAUUAUCUCCGAAUUUCAGGGAUUGUUUACCCCUAAACUCUCUA